AUGUCCCGUUUCUUCACCGCCGCCGAUAGCUCCAGCGAGAGCAGCUCCGACGAGGAGGAGCUCUACUCUGAGGAGGAGGAAGAAGAAAAGUCGGAAGAGGAAAGCUCAUCGGAGGACGAGUCGGAGGAGGGUUCCAGCGAUGACGACGAUGAAGGAAAGACUGGCGCUGGACGCUUCUUGAGGGACGUGUCCGAUGAAAGCGACAGCGACGACGAGGAGCGCGUCACCGUCGUCAAGAGCGCGAAGGACAAGCGGUUCGAGGAACUCGAGGCCACCAUCAAGGCGAUUGAGAACGCCGAGAAGAUCAACGACUGGGCUGUCAUCGCCUCAGAGUUCGACAAGAUGAACCGUCAAAUACCCGCGCUCGUCAGGCAGAAUAAUGGCAAGUCGCCCAAGCCGUACAUCAGGGCCAUUUCCGAGCUGGAGACCACCAUGAUCGAGACGCUCGAAAAGCAGAAGGUCUCGCCCAAGAAGAUGAACGCCACCAACACGCGCGGCCUGAACGCUGUCCGCCAGCGCAUGCGCAAGCUUAAGCAGGACUACGCUGCCGAGAUCAAGAAGUUCAAGGACGACCCAGAGAAGUUCAUGGCGGACGAUGUGGUUGAGGAGGUUGUUCCCACCCCCAAGAAGACCAAAAAGGCGGUGCCCUCUCUGGGCGCCGAGACCGAGGAGGGCGGCGAUGACGGCUUCAUCACGGUCGACCGUGCCGGCAAGGCUAUGGUCUACACCCCCGAGAGCAUACUCAAGCAUCUCCGCACUAUCGUCGAGGCCCGUGGCCGUAAGAACACCGACCGUUUGGAGCAGAUUCGCACCAUGGAGAAGCUGUACGAUGUCGCCAACACCGAUUAUCAGAAGAUCCGCGUGCUUCUGACUCUGAUCUCCACCCGCUUCGACCUCACCACCGGUACCACCAACCAGAUGACUCAGGAGCAGUGGAAGCUGGCCGAGAAUGAAUUCCGCCGGCUGCUCGAGGUUCUCGAGAACAACCGUGACAUCAUCGUCAUCGAGGGUGCUGAGGAGUGGGAAGAUGACGACAAGCAGCCUGUGCUGACCGAGGGCGAAACCUUCAAGGUCCCCGGCAGCAUCACCUCCUUCAUCGAGCGCCUCGACGAUGAGCUUACCCGCGCCCUCCAGCACAUCGACCCCCACACCGCUGAUUACGUCGAGAGGCUCACGGAUGAGACGACGCUGUACACCAGCAUCUCCCGGACCCAGGUGUACAUCGAGUGGCUGGUUGAGAAGCACGGUGGCACUCAGGACAGCUCGAACCGCGUCGUCAUGCGCCGCCUUGAGCACCUGUACUUCAAGCCCUCGCUGGUCAUCAAGAUUCUGGAGGAGAACUCGUGGAAGGCCAUCCCCACCGGCAUCAAUUCUACUGUCACCCCCCGUGAUGGUUCCACAGAUCCCACCGACCUUAUCGCGACCCUCUGCACGUACUUGUUCAAGCACAGUGAGGGUAUCAUCAGGGCACGCGCUAUGCUUUGCGAAAUCUACCACCUGGCGCUGCAUGACCACUACUACAAGGCUCGUGACAUGAUGCUCAUGUCUCACUUGCAAGAAGGCAUCUCGAACUUCGAUGUCAACACCCAGAUCCUUUUCAACCGGACACUUGUGCAGGUUGGUCUCUGCGCUUUCAGGGCCGGUCUUGUUUAUGAGGCGCAGACUUCUCUGCAGGAGAUCUGUGGUAGCAACAGGCAGAAGGAGCUUCUUGCGCAGGGUCUCCAGAUGCAGCGCUACUCUCAGAUUUCUCCUGAACAGGAACGUCUGGAGAGACAGCGCCAACUGCCAUUCCACAUGCACAUCAACCUAGAGCUGCUGGAGUGUGUCUACCUGACCUGCUCUAUGCUGCUCGAGAUCCCUCUGCUCGCCCAAGUUGGCUCUUCGCCUGACAUCAGGAAGCGGGUCAUCAGCAAGACCUACCGCAGGCUGUUAGAGUACCAUGAGCGCCAGAUCUUCACCGGUCCCCCUGAGAACACCCGCGACCACGUCAUGCAAGCCUCGAAGGCGCUUGCUGCGGGUGAGUGGAAGAAGUCUGCGGACUUCAUCAACUCGAUCAAGAUCUGGGAACUCAUGGCGCAGUCGGAGAAGAUCAAGGUCAUGCUCUCUGAGCAGAUCCAAGAGGAGGGUCUCAGGACUUACCUCUUCACCUACGCGCCCUUCUACGACACUCUCUCCAUUGCUACUUUGGCCUCCAUGUUCGAGCUCCCCGAUCGCAAGGUCUCUGCUGUCGUCAGCAAGAUGAUCUCUCACGAGGAGCUCGCUGCGGCGCUUGACCAGGUCAACAAUGCCAUCAUCUUCCGCAAGGGUGUCGAGCUCUCUCGCCUGCAGAGCCUCGCCCUUACUCUCAGCGACAAGGCCAGCGGCCUCAUCGAGGCCAACGAGAAGACCUUGGAGCAGCGGACACAAGGUAUGGCCAACGCUUUCGAGAGGCAAGGAGGCUCGGGCCGUGGCGGCCGUGGUGGACGCGGUGGUGGCCGUGGUCGCGGCCGGGGCGGAUCGAGCGGCGUGCCUCGUGGCCAGCAGUUCACUGGUGGUGCCCUGGGACGGGCAAUUCAGGCAUAA